AUGAAUGUCAUCCACUCUGCUGUAGAGCUGGUAAAUCCAGGACAGACACCUGUUAUCGCCAUGGACCAACCUCUAUUUGCUCUUGCAAAACAGAUCCAAUGGCAAUGGCCCCAUACACACGGAGAAGACAAGUUGUUGGUCAUGUUUGGAGGCUUGCAUAUUGAACUGGCCAUACUUAGAACACUAGGCAAAUGGCUGGACAAAAGUGGCUGGACAACUGUCAUGGCAAACGCUGAUGUUGCGACACCUGGAGUUGUCGACUCUUUUACCUCAGCCAAGCAUAUCACAAGAACAAGGAGAGCUCAUCAAAUAACUUCCUCAUCCCUCUACGUUCUUCAGCAUCGAGCAUAUGAGAAAUAUAUCACAAGAGCGGAAGAUAGAGUCCUUCUGUCUUUUACAGAUUGGAGAGAAAAGAUGUCAGAAACGUGUCCACACUUCCUCUAUUGGUGUAGAGUCAUUGAGUUACAGCUACUUUGCUUGCAGCUGGUCAAAGCAUUCCGAACUGCGGAUUUCAGCUUGUAUGUCGACUCUCUAACGAAGAUGAUGCCAUGGAUGUUUGCACUUGACCAGACAAAUUACAGCAGAUGGCUACCAGUUCAUAUCCGUGAUAUGCAAGAGCUUCCGAUCAAACACCCUGAUGUGUAUGAUAAAUUUAUCAAUGGCUUUUUUGUUGUCCAUAAGACACACAAACGGUUCUCUGCGAUUGCACCAGACCAGGCUCACGAGCAGGAGAAUGCAGUCGUAAAAGGUGAAGGCGGAGCGGUGGGACUGACAGAAAAUCCUGGUGCAUUGAAACGCUGGAUGAUUUCAGGACCCGAGAUUGCAAGAAUUGUAUCCGAAUUUGAGAAAACAACAUCAUCUAGAUCUGCUGAUAGUCUAAAGCACCACGAGCAGUCGUAUAGCCACCAAACAGCAUUUUGUAGGGAUGUUCAGUCAGUUUUGAAGAGUUAG